AUGGGGGAGAGUCUGGCUCCUUCCGGGAAGUCCGGAAAGAAGUCUGCACAGGCUGCAGAUCUCGAUCCGGAUCUUCUCAGAGGAUUUCCUUUUCGCUCAUGCCUGAGUGGCACUGGUGGGCAUUGGUGCCAUCCGGACAGCCCUUGGCGACCGAGUACGAGCACGCAGAGAGUGAAGCGGUAUGAUGUCUUUUUCAGCCAUGAAUGGAAGAGUGGGCGCUGGAGCAAGCAUCUGUCCCUGCUGGUGACCUUCAAUGGCUUGCCUGCUGCAAUAGCGGGCUUCGGAGCCAGCCUUGCCAUGGGUGUGCUUGGACUUCUGGGCGUUCUGCCCGAGUCUUGCAGGCCUUGGCUGCCUGCUUGGGGCUACGCGGUGUCCCUGGCCGUGUUCUUCUUCUGGCAGCAUGUGAGGCAACUCUUCGUUGGGCCCAAGAUUGCAUUCCUUGACAGUGUCUGCAUACCGCAGGAUGACGAGGUGCUGAAGGCACGAUGCAUCCAAGGAUUGGGUACCUUCCUGAAAAGGUCCGAGCAACUGGUUGUUCUAUGGUCACCGGGCUACUUCCGCCGAGUUUGGUGCUCGUAUGAGAUCGGGUUCUUCUUGCUGGAGACGGGCCAAGCCAAAAUGAUUCAGUUUGUGCCUGUUCAGAUUGGACACAUUUGCGCAUGCCUGUUCAUUGGUGUCUCGCUCUUCCAGGCGACAGUGCAUGUAGUACCACUGGUGGGUUAUGGACCAGACGAUCUGCUGGUUGUGAUCGGCAUUAUUGUCGCCGUGUUGAUGCUACUUGCAAUUCUGGUCUUUCCGGUUCUGUGGUACACCUUGACGGCCAUGCUCAGGGACCUUUCACAGCUGCCGACACAGGUCCGUGAUUUUCGCGUGCAGGACGCUGAGUGCACGUGCUGCACACAAGAACAUUGCCACCCUGUGACACAGGCACCCAUUGCUUGCGACCGAGAGCUCAUCUACAAGUCUCUGCGCGGUACGUUCGUACCUUCCGGCCACGAGCAGAUGGGGGAGGAAGCGGCUCUCGAUGCAUUCAACGGCUAUGUUCGUGAGACGCUCGCUCGUUCCAUAGACCGAAAUUUCAGGCACCAUAACAUGAUUCUGCGGCAUGCGCUGGUGACCUGCGCCACCGCCUGUGGCCCAUGGGCAUCCCUCCGGUUGGCCCAUGCUUCGGACCUUUCUACUGGAGAGAUGGUCGCCUGGCUUGGCGGGUUCCUGUACGGCGACCUCGUGCUCUUUUGCUUGAUGCGGGUCUCCCUGCUGAUCGGCCAUUUCGGUGUGUCUCUGAUGGAGCGCUACCCACGACCAGUGAUCGUCCUGGGUCAGGUGGCGAUGUUUGGAGUCGCUGCUGGCUCGAUGCUUUUUCCCUGGCCCUUGGCCUUCGCUUUUUCUAGGUCUGGGCCGUACCCUUGGCUAUGGCCCAGCAUUCUGGCUGCCCUGGCCUGCGUCAGCGGCUGCUUCCUUCGGCCGGCUUUCAGUACCCAAUCUGGUACACCGGUCUUGCAGCGCGACCCGCCAAGCACAAGCUGCGGAAGUGAGGCAGGGCCAGGGCGUUCGGGCACCUGUGAUGAAGAUGAAGAGUCAAGCUUCGAGAUCUAG